CAAAAUGAGAAGCAAAUCAUUUGGGGAACAAAAUCACGCAAGGUCGGAAGACUGAUAAAAUGCACCACACGUCUGUUUUUAUUGAAAAGCCACUUGUUCCUGUUUCACAACUGGAUGUGAUCUCCGGUCUGUGGAGUUAACUUUUUGUAAAGUCGUUUAUCUUCAGGUUUGUUAGUGGCGACACAUGCGAAGAUGGGGGAGUGGAAAAUGAGCAUUGGUACUCUGAGUGAAGAAAUCCUCACAGGGCUGUCAAAGAUGUUGGACAACUCGACCUGCGGAUGGAGGCAGCUAGCCAGUGCGGUGUCCGAGCAACCGAAAUUCCGCUGCAGUGAAAAUGAGCUGACCAGCUGCUCACUUCAGGUGCUGAGCGUUGCAGGCAGCCCGGGACGUACCCUCCUGGCACGGCUGGCUGAUCGCUCCUGUCCCCUGGACUUUCUGCUCCACUGCCUGAGGAAGAUAGACCACCAGGAAGCUGUGCACUACCUCACCACCAAAGUAGCAGAGCUGAUCCAGAUCACAGUGCAGCCACAGUCCCAGCAAGCCACAGUUGGGGGCAGGGUGGUAUUGACCUGCAGAGCCUCUGGUCCCCCUGGACUCAGCUACCAGUGGUUCAGAGGCAAAGAAGAGAUUUUGAACGAGACAGGGAGUACACCAGAUCUGGCUCUUUGUCCUUUAGCCCUGGUCCACCAGGGUCACUAUAUCUGUAGGGUCAACCAUGGAGAAAACUGCAUCUUCUCCCAGUGGGCUCACGUUCGCUGUGUCUACUCUGCAGGCUGCAGCAGCAGUCUGUUUCCAGGGUCAGUGAGUGGGCUGCUCAUCACCCAUCAACCUCAGUCCCAAGCAGUGUCUGAGGGUGACACUCUGUUCCUGGAGUGCAAUGCAGAGGCGAACCCUCCUGCCCAGUACGAGUGGUACCACAAUACGGUGCCCAUGAAACAACACAAGACACGGUCACUCAAGAUCCCAUGUGUGACCACAGAACACAGAGGACAAUACAGAUGCAAGGUGUUCAAUUUGUACCACGAGGCGUGGACUGACACCGCAACAGUGACCAUCGGCCCCAGUUCCAUCACUGAUGCCUCCUGGGUAGAAGUCUAUCGUGGUCUAGACUCACAGGAAGUCAACAGGUCAACCAGCAAACCAGGAAUACAGCCGAUACAGGUGGUCGAUUCGCCCUCAUCGACCAAGCAUUUCCAUGCAACAGACAAAGUUGCUCUCCUGAUUGGCAACAUGAACUAUCUCCACCACACUCAGCUGUGCGCUCCCAUCGCUGAUGUCCAUGAGAUGACCAACGUACUCAGACAGAUGGACUUUAAGGUGGUUUCCCUGCUCGACCUCAACUGGCAAGAGAUGCACAGCGCUGUCACAGAGUUUCUGUUGCUGCUUGACAAGGGAGUCUAUGGCUUGCUAUACUUUGCUGGCCACGGUUAUGAGAAUUACGGCAACAGUUUUAUGGUUCCCAUCGACGCACCGGCCUCCUACACAUCAGAGCACUGCUUGUGUGUACAGAAUAUAUUGACCAGGAUGCAAGAGAAAGAGACUGGGCUUAACGUAUUCCUGCUGGACAUGUGCCGCAAAAGAAACCCAAAUGAUGAUAUCAUUGUUCAACCAGGACUGAUCAAGGUGACAGCAAAUAUAGUGUUUGGAUAUGCCACAUGCGUAGACGCUGAAGCAUAUGAAGUGAGGAGGGAGGAUGUGUCAAAUGGCAUCUUCAUAAGCUUCCUCAAACGGCGAGUUUGUGAAGAUGAGAAGGUCACCGUCAUGCUAGACAGAGUGGCUGAAGACAUGGGUCGUUGUGAGAUCACACGAGGGAGGCAGGCUCUGGAGCUACGGAGUAAUCUGUCUGAACGACGCUCCCUCACUGACCAGAUACAGACCUCUGAAUGUUCUGCGUCCUAUUCGGCUCGAAACCUGCAAUGGGCUGUUGCUCAUGUCCUACCGAAGAGCCUUUGCCUGCAGUUUGACUGUGGAGUGAAGGUUCAGCUUGGUUUUGCUGCAGAGUUCUCCAAUGUCAUGGUCAUCUACACUCGGAUACUUGAGAAACCCAAAGAAAUUGCUUCCUGCUCUGCUCAGCUUACUGACUUCCCAGAGGAUGUGGACAUCGAUCUGAAAAAGAGUAACCAGGAGACUCUGCUUGAAGCCGGCAGUUUAUUAUUGAUCAAGGAAAAUCUUCCUUCACCAGAGGUCCCUAGUCUGUACACACGCAUCCGAAGCCUCCAGAGACUCAGGAGUGAGCUCACAUUCACAGUCUGCCUUCAUUACACCUAUUCCAACAUGGAUGAAGAAGUACAGGAAAGGCAACCAGUGACAGUUGGUAAGCCACUGGUCUCCAAACUCAAUCUACACGAACCACGACCACCUCGCGCCUGCUCUGCUUCCUCAUCCUUCAGCCUCGACUCCUUCAACGUUCCUGAGUGCUCUUCCUUGAGUGAGGCCUGUGCCUCUGUUGUUUCAGCCUUAAAUGCAUGGUCAUGUUAUGCACAAACUGGCAGAGAAUAUUCCACCAAUGACUCUCCAACUUCAUCCAGAAGUGUCAAUAAACCAGAGGAGGCUGACUGUCCUGAAUUAUCUGAGGCCCCUCAACCUCUUGUUGCCAGCAAAAGCUUGCCCCACAGCCAAGUAAAUGACACAAAUUACAAAUUUAGUGACAUGUACAAUUUUCAGUCUCACUAAGCAUUAUGACUCCUAUGUUCUGACCAUUACACACUGUGUUGGGAAAAAACGUGUUUAAAUAAACAGCUCAGGCAAACA